AAAGCCGUAGCUAAACAACUCACAGCCCCUGAUCCCCGGGGCCCCAGCCGCUCGCUCUACCCCGACCAGCCACCUCCAGUCCUGGGUGACCCCCCAGCCACAGCCACCCUCGGUCCCACACUGCGUCUUCAGCCACCUCCGUAACCUCUCCUCCUCCCGGACUCCCACCCACGUGCCGGUUCCUGCACAAAACCAGCACCCCAGGAGCGGGUGGAGCUGCGGCACAGCGAGCGGAGCCUCCUACAGGGCCAUGGGAAGGUAAGCGUGUGGGAGCUGCCGGUGAGCCAGGUGAGAAGCCACAAGCCCUGGGGAGGUGACAGCCAGCCCCCACCAUGGUCUCCAUGGGCCUCCAGCUGCUGGGCUAUGCCCUGGCCGUCCUGGGCUACAUCGGCACGCUGACAGCCACACUGCUGCCCAGCUGGAAGACCAGCUCCUACAUCGGCUCCAGCAUCGUGACAGCUGUGAGCUUCACCAAGGGGCUGUGGAUGGAGUGCGCCACAUACAGCACGGGCAUCACCCAGUGUGAUAUCUACAGCUCCCUGCUCAACCUCCCCACUGACGUCCAGGUGGCCCAAGCCCUGAUGGUGACCUCCUGUGCCAUCUCCUCCCUUGCCUGCCUCCUCACUGUCAUGGGCAUGAGGUGCACCGUCUUCAGCCAGGGCUCGCCGGGCAAGGACCGGGUGGCAGUGGCGGGCGGCGCAGUCUUUACCCUCGGGGGGCUGCUCUGCUUCAUCCCAGUGGUGUGGAACAUCCACAUGGUGCUGCAGGAUUUCCGCAACCCCGUCCUCCCUGACAGCAUGAAGUUUGAGCUUGGGGAAGCGCUUUACCUGGGCAUCACCUCCUCUCUCCUCUCCCUCAUCGGUGGCUUCAUCCUCUGCACCUCUUGCCCUGCCCGGGACCCAACGGCAACCUACGCAAGCACCUACCAGCACCGGCUGCUGGCAGGCAAGAGCUCCCGGCCCUCCGUCAGCCAGACACAGAAGACCAAGAGCGAGCUCAACUCCUACAACCUGACAGGAUAUGUGUAGCAGCUGCACGGGGGAACUAGGCUGGCACCUCUCCUGCUCCCCGGGGCAUCCAGGCUGGCACUGAGGGAGCAUGGUAAGAAGAGAGAAUGCAGCAGCAUCUCCUGUGCUCAGCCCUCUCGCUCACAUACUUGGGGAUUUGACCCCAUUUUCUCCCUGGGGAUCCUGGAGGUCCUGUGACUGCUUAGAAAUCUCAGCUGGUGGCUGGGUGAAGGACCCUGAAUCCGGCUUCUGUUCCCUCCUCUGUGCUGCCAGCCCACAGGCAGCCCCGGCACAGCAGGACUCCAGCCUGGAGCUCCACUAAGCCUGCCUGGAUGGGGUGGGUGGGCUUGUGCCCCCAGGGACCAGCCCGGGGGCCAUGGAGGCUUCACAGGGUGGGUCAGGUUGUCUGUGCAGAUCUGGAGUCACCGCUGGGUUGGUUGAGCACUGGUUGCAAACCGAUGUCACAAUAAAUCUGUGUUUCUAAC